CCGACUCUCGCGGGGUUUAGCGUGGCACCAGGGGGCCGGGCGCAGGCGCUGACGUUCCGUUAGUGGCGUUGGGGUCUGGCUGCGGUGGCGGUGCUUUCUCCUCUGCCCACGGGGACCGGCUCCGGCUGGACGCCAGCCAGCUCUUGCCGCCGCCUCGGCCGCGAUGGGGGCGCAGGACCGGCCGCAGUGCCACUUCGACAUCGAGAUCAACCGGGAGCCGGUUGGUCGCAUUAUGUUUCAGCUCUUCUCAGACAUAUGUCCAAAAACAUGCAAAAACUUCCUUUGCCUAUGCUCAGGAGAGAAAGGCCUUGGGAAAACAACUGGGAAGAAGUUAUGUUAUAAAGGUUCUACGUUCCAUCGUGUGGUUAAAAACUUUAUGAUUCAGGGUGGGGACUUCAGUGAAGGUAAUGGAAAAGGUGGAGAAUCAAUUUAUGGUGGAUAUUUUAAAGAGAAUGUGGUCUUUUGCAAAAUGAAAAGAUGAAAACUUUAUUCUCAAACAUGACAGAGCGUUCCUUUUGUCAAUGGCAAAUCGAGGGAAACAUACCAAUGGUUCCCAGUUUUUCAUAAAGAGUGUUACACCGUGCGCUCCAAAGUACCACAAAGCCUGCUCCACACCUGGAUGGGGUGCAUGUCGUCUUUGGACUGGUUAUUUCUGGUUUUGAAGUAAUCGAACAAAUUGAAAAUCUGAAAACUGAUGCUGCAAGCAGACCAUAUGCAGAUGUGCGAGUUAUUGACUGCGGGGUACUUGCCACAGACUCCGUGAAAGAUGUUUUUGAGAAAAAAAGGAAGAAACCAGCUCAUUCAGAAGACUUGGAUUCCUCUUCCAAUUCCUCUUCCUCUUCAGAAUCAUCUUCAGAAAGUGAAAUUGAACAUGAGAGAAGCAGAAGGAGGAAACAUAAGAGGAGGCCAAAAGUUAAACAUUCUAAAAAGAGGCGAAAGGAAGCAAGCAGUUCAGAAGAACCAAGGAAUAAACAUGUAAUGAGCCCCAAAGGUCAUUCUGAGAGGAGUGAUACCAAUGAAAAAAGGUCAGUUGAUGCCAAUGCUAAAAGGGAAAAACCUGUGGUUCGCCCAGAAGAAAUUCCUCCAGUGCCUGAGAACCGAUUUUUACUGAGAAGAGAUAUGCCUGUUGUUACUGCGGAACCUGAACCGAAGAUUCCUGAUGUUGCACCCAUUGUAAGUGAUCAGAAACCAUCUGUAUCAAAGUCUGGACGGAAGAUUAAAGGAAGGGGCACAAUUCGCUAUCACACACCUCCAAGGUCAAGAUCCUGUUCUGAGUCAGAUGAUGAUGACAGCAGUGAAACACCUCCUCACUGGAAAGAGGAAAUGCAGAGAUUACGAGCAUACAGACCACCUAGUGGAGAAAAAUGGAGUAAAGGAGAUAAGUUAAGUGACCCCUGUUCAAGCCGAUGGGAUGAAAGAAGCUUGUCCCAGAGAUCAAGAUCAUGGUCCUAUAAUGGAUAUCAUUCAGACCUUAGUACAGCAAGACACUCUGAUGGCCACCAUAAGAAACGCAGAAAAGAGAAAAAAGUUAAGCAUAAAAAGAAAGGGAAAAAGCAGAAACAUUGCAGAAGACACAAACAAACAAAGAAGAGAAGGAUUCUUAUGCUGUCUGACAUAGAAUCCUCAAAAUCUUCCACUCGAAGAAUGAAAUCCUCUUGUGAUAGAGAAAGGAGUUCUCGUUCUUCCUCAAUAUCGUCUCAUCACUCAUCAAAGAGAGACUGGUCUAAAUCUGAUAAGGAUGUUCAGAGCUCUUUAACCCAUUCCAGCAGAGACUCAUACAGAUCGAAAUCUCACUCACGGUCCUACUCUAGAGGAAGCUCAAGAUCAAAGACUGCAUCGAAGUCCUCACAUUCUCGAAGUAGAUCGAAAUCCAGAUCUAGUUCCAAGUCUGGGCACCAAAAGAGAGCAUCAAAAUCACCAAGAAGAACAGCUUCUCAGUUAAGUGAAAAUAAACCAGUUAAAACAGAACCUUUAAGAGCAACCAUGGCCCAAAAUGAAAAUGUAGUAGUACAGCCUGUUGUAGCAGAAAAUAUUCCUGUAAUACCACUGAGUGACAGCCCCCCCCCUUCAAGAUGGAAGCCUGGACAGAAACCUUGGAAGCCCUCUUAUGAGCGAAUUCAGGAAAUGAAAGCUAAAACAACCCACUUGCUGCCCAUCCAAAGCACUUACAGUUUACCAAAUAUUAAAGAGACUGGUAGCUCAACAUCCUACCAUAAAAGAGAAAAAAAUUCAGAAAGUGAUCAGAGCACGUAUUCAAAAUACAGUGAUAGAAGUUCAGAAAGCUCACCAAGGUCAAGGAGCAGAUCUUCUAGGAGUAGAUCUUAUUCCAGAUCAUAUACAAGGUCACGUAGUCUAGCUAGUUCACAUUUAAGGUCUAGGUCUCCAUCAUCUAGAUCUCAUUCACGAAGUAAAUACAGUGAUCAUUCACAGUGUAGUAGAUCAUCUUCAUAUACUUCUGUUAGCAGUGAUGAUGGAAGACGAGCUAAGAGGAAACUUAGAUCCAGUAGGAAAAAAAACAGCGUUUCACAUAAAAGGCACAGCAGCAGCUCCGAAAAGACACUUCACAGUAAAUAUGUGAAAGGUAGAGACAGGUCUUCAUGUCAGAGAAGGUAUAGCGAGAGCAGAUCAUCUUUAGACUAUUCUUCAGACAGUGAGCAGUCAAGUGUUCGGGCUACACAGUCAGCCCAAGAAAGAGAGAAGCAGGGCCAAAUGGAAAGAACACGUAACAAACAAGAAAAAAACAGAGGUGAAGAGAAAUCCAAGCCUGAACGGGAAUGCCCUCAUUCAAAAAAAAGAACUUUGAAAGAGAAUCUUUCUGAUCACUUUAGAAAUGGCAGUAAGCCCAGAAGGAAGAAUUAUGCUGGGAGUAAAUGGGACUCUGAGUCAAAUUCAGAACGAGAUGUAGCUAAAAACAGUAGAAAUGACUCGCAGCCAUCCUCUGACAAGGAGGAAGGUGAGGCCACAUCCGAUUCCGAAUCAGAGGGUAGUGAAAUUCACAUCAAAGUCAAACCCACAACAAAGUCGUCCACACAUACCUCACUGCCUGAUGAUAAGGGCGCUUGGAAAUCAAGCAGACAGCGCACAUCAACCUCUGAUUCUGAGGGAUCUUGUUCCAAUUCUGAAAGCAGUAGAGGAAAGCCACAAAAGCACAAACAUGGGUCAAAGGAAAAUCUUAAAAGAGAACACACCAAAAAAGUGAAAGAGAAAUUGAAAGGGAAAAAAGACAAAAAGCACAAGGCUCCAAAGCGAAAGCAAGCAUUUCACUGGCAGCCUCCACUAGAAUUUGGUGAAGAGGAGGAGGAGGAGAUUGAUGACAAGCAGGUUACUCAGGAGUCAAAAGAGAAAAAGGUUUCUGAAAACAGUGAAACCGUAAAAGAUAAUAUUCCAGAAACAGAGAAAUCAUGUGAAGAGGGCAGCCUUUCAGGUAAACAUAAUACAGCGACUCUUUCAUCAGAUCCUGAUCAGUUUACUAAAGAUGAUAAUAAACUCAGCAUUUCUCCCACAGCUUUAAAUACUGAGGAAAAUGUGGCCUGUUCGCAAAGCAUUCAGCAUGUUGAAGAACGUGUUCCCAAUGGAGUAGAAGAUGUGCUUCAAACAGAUGACAACAUGGAGAUCUGUACUCCUGAUAGGAGUUCCCCCGCAAAGGUAGAGGAGGCUUCCCCUCUGGGAAACGCACGCCUUGAUACCCCAGAUAUAAACGUCGUUCUGAAGCAGGAUAUGGCAGCAGAACAUUCUGAAGCAGUGGUAGUAAAACAGGAAAGCAGCGUGUCUGAAAGUAAAGUGCUGGGUGAAGUGGGGAAACAGGACAGUGGCUCUCCUAGCUUGGCUAGUGCUGGAGAAAGUUCCGGGAAGAAGGAGGUGGCUGAGAAGAGCCAGGUCAACCUCAUUGAUAAGAAAUGGAAGCCCCUGCAAGGUGUGGGGAACCUGGCAGCACCCACUGCUGCCACAUCCAGUGCUGUGGGAGUUAAGGCGUUGACCACUGUGGCCGAAGUGAAACCACAAGGCUUGAGAAUAGAAAUUAAAAGCAAAAAUAAAGUUCGGCCUGGGUCUCUCUUUGAUGAAGUAAGAAAGACAGCGCGCUUAAACCGUAGACCAAGAAAUCAGGAGAGUUCAAGUGAUGAGCAGACGCCCAGUCGGGAUGGUGACAGCCAGUCCAGGAGUCCGAGUAGAUCUCGAAGCAAGUCUGAAACCAAAUCGAGACACAGAGCAAGGUCUGUCUCCUACAGUCAUUCAAGAAGUCGGUCGAGAAGUUCCACGUCUUCUUAUCGAUCAAGAAGCUACUCUAGAAGUCGGAGCAGAGGAUGGUAUAGCAGAGGCCGAACCAGAAGCCGGAGCAGUUCCUACCGGAGUUACAAAAGUCACAGGACGUCCAGCAGGAGCAGAUCCAGGAGCAGCUCAUAUGAUCCCCACAGUCGGUCCAGCAGGUCCUACACCUACGACAGCUACUACAGCAGGAGCCGGAGUCGGAGCAGAAGCCCGAGAAGCGACAGCUACCACCGAGGCAGAAGCUACAAUCGGCGGUCCAGGAGUUGUAGAUCAUACGGCUCUGACAGUGAAAGUGACCGAAGUUACUCUCAUCACCGGAGCCCCAGUGAAAGCAGCAGAUAUAGUUGAAAGGUCCUUUUUUUGGAUACAAAUUAUAUCUUAUUUGUAAAUAUCUGGCAACUUAAAAGCUUAAGAAACUUAAUAACAGUCUGUUGUUCUAUUUCAAUAUCAGAGAUGAAUUUGAAAGAUAGACACUUCUUAAUUGUUACUCCUUCAUUUACAUGUGCGCAGAAGAAUUUAAAAUACAGAUAGGUCUCCUAAAAAUAUUUUUAUGCCACAUUUUACAGUAGCCAACUAUGGAAAUGAACUUCAUUUUCUUGAAUCAAGAAAUCGUGAAAUUUAUCUAAGUAUAAUUUACAAUAUUAUUUUAAGACUAUUUCUCUAUCUCACGUAUUCCUUAGAAUACAGAUCCGUUUUGCCUGUUUUUCCGGUUUUAGCAUAUAUGCUGCCAAGCAUAGAACUGUGAAGGAGAACUGUUAAAGGCGGCCAAAUAUUUAUAUACUGAUUACAUCAAGUCUUGUACAUAUGUGCUCUAAAAACAAACCACCCAGAACUGAUACUGUGAGUAGCCAGGAGUAUAAGGCAGUGGCUCUGGGGUUCUUAAUUCAUUCCUAACUUCUUUGAUAUUUCGCAGGAUGAGGAAAGUGGCCAUCAUACAUCCCACACAGCCUGUAUUACUUCAGGCUUGUGGGCAAGGUUAAGAAGAAUCAAUCAGCCUUAACUAUAAAUACCUACACUGUCUCUAAGGAUUUACUAUUUUACGUUCUUUUUAAUCAAUACCGAUCAGAAGUCUAGGUUAUAAAGACAAUUCUAUUCCACUUCAUGUUUUGGUGCUUGGUAACUUUUGGUGCCUCUUUAAGCAUCACUCUUAUAUUAAAACAGCAUAAAAGAGAAAAAUGAAAUUCAAAAAAAUCACUGGCACCAAAAAUGGUUUAUUCUGAGCUGUCUUCACUUUAUUUGGGGGGCUUCUCUCAAGUACAGGUGUGGGUUGGGGUACCUAGAGCAGACAGGAUUGGCAGCAGGAGAUGUUGGCCGCUCAGGUCUGCUGCGUGUGUGUGCCUCUGGAAGAGUGAAGAAUGGACUCAAAAGGAACACCAAAAUCUGCCCGCCAGCAUCCUGGAGACCUUUUGCAGGGCUUUCACGUCCUUCACGUCCAGGAUAUUACAGCGGCAGCUGACCUGUCGCAACCGGCACGUUCUUCCUGUUGCUGUGACCUGCAGCUGACUCGAUGAAGCCUUGUUUAACCCGACCCAGGUGCAAGAGACAGGGCAAGGGGGAUAGACGGGGUGGCAUAAAUCACAUGUUUUCAUGGCUUUGGGUGGUUCCUCCACAAAUAAUUUGACCUGUAAAAACUAGUCUGUGGUUUUUUUUUUUAAACUUUACUUUGAAUUUGUUCCCCAAGUGUACUUAAUCACCUUAGUGCCAGUUUAAUCCAGUUAUGCAGAAGAAAUUAAUAUUGGAUACCUGAUGUAGAAAUUGGCACCACCCUACCACAGGCCUUGUCUGGUGUAUUUGGGAAGUGGGAAAGAGCCCUCAGUUGGAGGGAGCUGACAACCGUUGGUGGAGGAAGGGUGCCCUUGGAUGUAUUAAAAUUAUCACCCAAAGAAGGUAUGAAAACAGGGUAAGGUGGUCAGUUGUUUGCCAGGUCAGUAGACAAGUACAUAAGAAACAGGACUUAGGCCAAACAAACAAUACUAGAUUCUGAAUACAAAAGAGUGUGAUUUAUAUUAAAGGUUGCCUGCAAAGGACAAUAUUACUACUACUCAGCAGGAAGAAAUGCAUUCAGAGCCCAAGCAGAAACUGCCAGAUCUCAUUAGGUUAAGAAAAGUUACCUUUGUCUGUUGCUGUGUGACACAUCACCCCAAAUUUAGCGGUUUAAAGCACCACCCAUUUAGCAGUUCUGUAGCUUGUGGUUCUGGCGUAGUGUGACUAUAUUCUCCGCUCAGGGUCUCACGGGGCUGAAAUCGAGGGUUGGCAGGACAGCGUUCCUUCAUGGAGGCUCCGGGGAAGAGUCUGCUUCCGGGCCCAUUUAGGCUGUUGGCAGAAUCCAGUUCCUAGCGGGCUCAGCUGGGUGUCCCUCUCACCUCCUCAGGGCUGCCUGCAUUCCUCCUCGUGUGGUCCCUCCAGCUUCCAGCCGGCCUUCGUGUCCCACUCUUGCUCAUGCUUCAUGUCUCUGUCCCGUCCUCUGUUUUAGGGGCAUGUGAUUAACUCAAGCCCACAGAUAUGUUUUAAGGUUGAUUGUGCACAGCACAUCAUUGCAGGAGUGCUGUCUCAUCAUGUUCACGGGCUCCGGACAGUAGCUCACUGAAAGGGGGAGGGGCAUUUUUGAAUUCUGCCUGCCAUAGGCAGUAACUGCCCGUCUCAGCGGUGGGUGGAAUUUUAUCCAGAAAAGAUAGUCCCUAGAAGCCUCAUUUCUUUUCUCCAUGGGAAAGGACAGCCCUCUGCUGCCGCGUUCAACUUGUAUGUUUACUGACAGAAUGAACUACAAAAAUAGCUUUUCUUCCUAAAGGGGAUUAUUGUAUAUUUUGAAGUUAUUUUUUAAUAAAAUUGAAUUAUGUUGUGUAUUGUGCUUCUUAAUAGGAAAUGCAUUAUUGGACUGUUUUUGUACCAUCCUGUUCAUUGCUAGUAUUGCUCAAAAACUCUAUGAAAUACUUUUGUACAUAUUAGCAAUGUCUAAUUUGUAUACGAUUCAGUUUAAUUUCCCUAAAACUUGAAAGGGGACCUUGUAGAAAUUAAAGUAUAUACUUAGUCUAAG